AACUGAAUGAACUUUCCAUUUUAAAUGUAUUUCGAUCUAAGCUAAUAAUAGCCGUCCGAUGUAGAUCAAACGGUGUCUAUCACGUGCGUAUUCUUAUCAAACCUAUGCAACACCACACCCACUCACUCUCACGCUUCCUCCUCCUCCUCCGACUCUGCAACCUCCCGGAGCUGCACAACCACAAACCCUAACUCUCUCCUAAACACGGUCGUUUUGUUCACUAACCGUUCACGCGUUACUGCGAUUCCUCAACCCCCGAUUCGGAAGACUGAAAUUAAUUUACUGGCUUUAUUUUCGCAACACAUAGUUUUCAUCGCUGAUUAAAGCCUGCAACUCUUGCCACGUACAAGUACUUAUGAAAUAGGUGCUCGAUGAUUUAGCAGUAUAAAUUGUUUUAAAACAUGGGAGAAGGAAGUAACCAUCAAGCUAUGACAGAUGAUGGGGAUACUGAGCCUAGUGAAGGUGGAGUUAAUAAUGCUGAAAACUCUGGUUCUCAUGUUGAAGUUGGGGUCUCUGAGCCAUAUGUGGGUAUGGAGUUUGAUUCUGAAGAUGCUGCAAAGACUUUCUAUAGUGAGUAUGCCAGGCGAGUGGGUUUCAGCUACAAAGUUGGCCUGCAUGGUCGUUCCAAAGCGGAUGGGGCAAAUAUGUACCGGGAAUUUAUGUGUGGAAGGGCGGAUUUGAAAAGAAAGCCUACUGAAAGUUGCAAUGCAAUGGUAAGGAUCGAGCAGAUGGGUCAAAAUAAGUGGGUUGUUACAAAAUUUGUAAAGGAGCAUAGCCAUUCCAUGGAAAGCCUUAGUAAGUUGCAUAACACUAGGCCAGGUAAGCACUUUUCUAGUGUUGGAAAAACCAUGCCCGAAACUUACCAAGGAGUGGGGCUUGUUCCAACUGGUGUGAUGUAUGUCUCUAUGGAUAGGAAUGCAAUUCCCACUAAGAAUAUUCAUGGGAUGAGGAAUAUUCCUGCAGCUACUGCUGCUGCUGAAACAAUUCACCCGGUUAAAACUCCUACAUUGAUGAAUUAUGCUGUUAGGCUACCUACUCGAAAAAGGACAUUAGGGAGGGAUGCUCAGAACCUGCUGGAAUACUUAAAGAAAAUGCAAGCUGAGAACCCUGGUUUCUUCUAUGCAAUACAACUUGAUGAAGAUAAUCAUAUGUCUAAUGUAUUUUGGGCCGAUGCAAGAUCAAGGACUGCUUACUGUCAUUUUGGUGAUGCAGUUACUCUGGACACAACAUACCGAAUAAAUCAAUGUAAAGUGCCAUUUGCUCCAUUCACUGGGGUAAACCAUCAUGGUCAGAUGAUUUUGUUUGGUUGUGCAAUCCUUUUGGAUGAUUCUGAAGCUUCUUUUGUAUGGCUCUUUAAGACAUUCCUGACAGCAAUGAAUGACCGUUACCCUGUCUCUAUCACUACUGAUCAAGACAGAGCUAUACAGACAGCAGUUUCACAAGUUUUUCCUGAAACACGCCACCGUAUAUGCAAAUGGCAUGUCUUGCGAGAAGGCCAGGAAAAGUUGGCCCAUGUAUGCAACAUGCAUCCAAAUUUUCAGAUUGAACUUUAUAAUUGUAUUAAUCUGACAGAAACAACCGAGGAGUUUGAUUCAUCUUGGAGUUCUAUCAUCAAUAAAUAUGAACUCGGAAGAAAUGAUUGGCUUCAGUCCUUGUACAGUGCUCGUGCUCAAUGGGUUCCAGCAUAUUUUCGUGAUUCAUUUUUUGCAGUAAUAACUCCUAAUAAAGGAUUUGAUGGUUCUUUUUUUGAUGGUUUUGUCAACCAGCAGACAACAUUACCUAUGUUCUUUAGGCAGUAUGAACGAGCUUUGGAGUAUUGGUUUGAAAAAGAAUUAGAAUUAGAUUAUGAAACAAUUUGCACCACCCCUGUUCUGAAGACACCUUCCCCCAUGGAGAAGCAGGCUGCUAAUCUCUAUACACGAAAAAUAUUUGCAAAGUUUCAACAAGAGCUAGUUGAAACUUUUGCUUAUACUGCCAACAGAAUUGAAGAAGAUGGAGCAAACAGCAUAUUCAGGGUUGCAAAAUUUGAGGAUGACCAAAAGGCUUAUAUGGUCACAUUAAACCUUUCUGAGUUGAGAGCUAACUGUAGUUGCCAAAUGUUUGAGUAUUCAGGCGUUCUAUGUAGACAUGUUCUAACUGUUUUUACUGUGACUAAUGUACUUACAUUACCAUCUCAUUACAUUUUAAAACGGUGGACAAGAAAUGCAAAAAGCAAUACUGGGUCAGGUGAACUUGCUGGUGAAUCACAUGGGCAUGAAUCUUUGACAUCACGGUAUGGCAAUCUUUGUUGGGAAGCUAUCAAAUAUGCUGAAGAAGGUGCGGUAACUGUGGAAACUUAUGAUGCUGCAAUUAGUGCUCUUAGAGAAGGUGGAAAGAAGAUUUCUUUCAUGAAGAGAAGUGUUGCCAAAGUUCCCCUACCCAGUCAUCCAGUCAGUGGGAUUGCUUAUGAUGACAGAAAAUCCCCCACUUCAACAACAGUUACAACCCCUCUUUUAUGGCCAUUACAUGAUGAAACGACAAACAGGUUUAAUCUUAAUGAUGCUGGUACUCCUGUUCAAUCAGUUGCUGAUCUAAAUUUACCACAAAUGACCCCCGUGUCUCUUCAGCGAGAUGACGGUCCACCUGAAAACAUGGUUGGUUAUCCAUGUCUGAAAUCAUUGACGUGGGUAAUGGAGAAGAAGAACUCAACUCCAGGGAAUCGAGUGGCUGCUAUCAAUCUUAAGUUGCAAGAUUAUAGCAGGAUUCCGUCAACAGAAUCAGUGGUUAAGUUUAAUCUCUCAAAAGUUACCUUGGAACCAUUGUUUAACCAUAUGGUCAACAUCAGUGAUCAGCUUUCCUCACCAACUAGGACUUUGGCCGUAUUAAAUCUCAAGUUUCCAGAUACCGAGUCAACUUCUGGUGUGUGUGAAGUUAAGUUUCAGGUGUCCAAGGACACAUUGGGUGCUGUGCUACGAUCAAUGGCUUACAUUCGUGAGCAACUUUCGUGUCCUGGCGAUGCACAGACAGAAUCUCUAUCAAAAAGGCCUCGGAAGUGAAGCAGUAAAUUUUGUUUCAAACCUGGGUGGAUUCGUGACUACUAAUCUUGAUGGUCACAUGGUGACCACUCAAUACACAAAUGGCUUAGAAAAUGUAGUGAAAUCUCUGUUUAUGUGUAAGUUUGUUGUCUAAGUUACUUAUGUAUCAUAUCAUAGGCAACAGAUUUACUUUAUAGGAACCGUUUGGAAAAUCCUUCACACCUCACCGGCGUUGAGCAUUCUCCAAAUGACCGAAAAUAAUGAGUAGAAAUGGGUUUAGGAAUUUGGAGGGGAAAAAGAAACAAACAAAGAAGGUAUUGUUUAGAGUGGAAUUUUAGAAAUCAUGUUUGGUGACAACAUUAGAUUACCAAUAGCAAUUAUUCACAAAAAAAUAAUCAUAAUUGAAGCAGUUUUUUUUA